CCUUCUGGAGGAGUUCCCACCUUCGGGCAUUCUUAGGUCUCUGGUCUUUCUCCAAUCCACAGUAGGCUCCCUGGUUUUAUAAAGCCUGAAGAGAGACGUGAGGGGUCCGAUGGCCCUUCACCUGCUGAGGUCUUCUGUGGUUGUAACCCUUCCUGCUUGUCACAGGAUUCAAGCCACUAAACCUCAGCUGUGCCCCGGAGUAGGACAAGGGGAACUGUAGAGUGGAGCAGAAGCCUGAGCCAGACCAGGAACCACUUCCUCUCCCAGGCCCCACCUCUGUUUUCCUUGGUGCCACAGACCACAGCUCUUCCUUCAGAGACAUGGCCCAGCUGGUGACAACGCAGGUGCUGUUCCUUCUGGUGGGGGUGGCCGCAGUAUGGACAGCGCGGCCCAGAACUGAGCUUCUCAAUGUCUGUAUGGACGCCAAGCACCACAAGGAAAAGCCAAGCCCGGAGGACGGGCUGCAUAAGCAGUGCAGCCCCUGGAAGAAGAAUUCCUGCUGCUUUGCCAACACCAGCCGGGAAGCCCAUAAGGAUAUUUCCUACCUGUACAGAUUUAACUGGAACCAUUGCGGAUCUAUGACACCUGCCUGCAAAAAGCACUUCAUCCAGGACACCUGCCUAUAUGAGUGUUCCCCCAACCUGGGGCCCUGGAUUCAGGAGGUAAAUCAGAGCUGGCGCAAGGAGCGCAUCCUGCAUGUGCCCCUGUGCAAAGAGGAUUGUGAGCAAUGGUGGCAGGACUGCCGCACCUCCUACACCUGCAAGAGCAACUGGCACAAGGGCUGGAACUGGACCUCAGGGUAUAACCAGUGUCCAGAGGGAGCUGCCUGCCACCCCUUCCAUUUCUACUUCCCCACAUCUGCUGCUCUGUGCAGUGAAAUCUGGAGUCACUCCUACAAAGUCAGCAACUACAGCCGAGGGAGCGGCCGCUGCAUCCAGAUGUGGUUUGACCCGGCCCAGGGCAACCCCAACGAGGAGGUGGCGAGGUUCUAUGCCAGGGCCAUGAGUGAGGCUACGCACUGUGUCCUUGGGCCUCCCUUGCUCAGCCUGGCCCUGAUGCUGCUCUGGCUACUUAGCUGAGCUCCUUUUAUCUCCUGAUACCUGCACAGCCCUGCUCUGUUUGGGCCCCACAGCUCCUAGCUAUUUACUUCCUGUUUGUUGGCCAAGGAAUAAACCAGGCAACCACCGUG